GCAUUUUGGUUUCAACAUCUCCUUCUUACACACUUUCACCUGGACUUACUCAGCUGUCAAAAGAAAGAAAGAAGGAAAGAAACAAAAUCACACUUUCAUUUAUUUUCCAUGGGAGUAACACAAUGAACUGGAUAAUCAGCACUACACUAUUCUUGUCAGUGUCAAAUGCUGCACUUUGUUUCAACAUUGAGCCCGCGGCCUGGAAGACCCUGAGCAGCUCUGCUGCUGGUUUUGGCUACCAGGUGGUUCAAAGACAGUCAGAUGUGCUCGUCAGUGCCCCACUUGAACAGAACAGUGGGGGAAUAUAUAGGUGCACCACUUCUCCCUCAAAUUGCAAAAACAUACCACUUCAAGCACCAGAUUUUGCAGCCAACAUGUCCUUUGGUUUGACAAUGACAAGCGAUCCUACAGCACAAAACACUGUGGUGUGUUGUCCAUCUGUUCCAAAGGACUGCAAAAGUAUCACCAUGUAUAAUGGUGUUUGCUUACAAAUAAACAGUUCUACAUUUGGACCACCAAUACCUUCUGCUCUUGAAGAGUGCCCGCUGCAAGCAGACAUCGCCUUUCUGUUGGAUGGUUCAGGCAGCGUAUCUAGUCCUGAUUUUCGAACAAUGAAGAAGUUUCUGAAAGAUCUAAUCCAUAUUUUUCUCUCAAGUGACACACUGUUUUCUGUUUCCCAGUUCUCCAGUUCACCAGAGGUUCAUUUUCCCUUUAGAAAAUUUGACUCAUCUGAAUCAGUGGACACUGACAUUGAUAAAAUCAAUCAACACAGGGGACCUACUUACACAGCGAAAGCCAUCACACAUGUUGUGGAAAAUGUUUUCACACCAGAAAGUGGUUCCAGACCGAAUGUGAAGAAGGUCUUAAUAGUAAUUACUGAUGGACAAUCUAAUGACCCAGAAAAUCUCCCAGGUGCAACAGAGAAGGCAAAGAGUAAAAAGAUUGUUCGAUUUGCUAUUGGGGUGGGGGAUGCAUUUACUAAACCUGAAGCAAAAAAAGAACUGGGCAUCAUUGCAUCACCUCCCUCAGAUAAAUACGUCUUUCAAGUGGACAGCUUCAACGCACUUGAAAUAAUAAAGCAGAAUUUGCGGGACAAAAUUUUCUCCAUUGAAGGAUCUCAAAGCGGUGGAGAGUCACUGAAAAUGGAAAUGUCUCAGGAGGGAUUCAGUGCAGUUUUUACGCCUGAGGGAAUUCAGAUGUCAAUUGUUGGUGCAAACCAGUGGAAGGGAGGCUACGUGCAGUACACAACAGGUGGUCAGAAAGUGAAGACAUAUGAGGAUGUGUCUUUGGAGCCUGACAGUUAUCUUGGUUACUCCAUGGCAAUUGCUAAAACCCAAAGUGGCUCUCUGACAAUUGUUGGUGCUCCAAGAUACAAACACAGAGGAGUUGUGGUCGCCGUUAACAGAGAAAGCUUUGAAAACCAAAAGAUUGAACCCUUUUUAUUGCAGUAUCCACAGAACCAGACUGGUCAAUAUUUCGGGGCAGAGGUGUGUGCCAUGGAUAUAAAUAAUGAUGACGUCACUGAUCUAAUCUUCAUGUCUGCCCCAAUGUACACGGAGCCUGAUGGAGAGGGAAGAGUUUAUGUUUGCAGUUUAACUGGUUUGUUUGUCGAGUGUAAUUUUGAUGAUCCGUUAAUACUCAGAGGACAUUCAGCUGUCAAAGGAAGGUUCGGCUCUUCUCUUGCUGGGCUGCCUGAUCUAAACUCAGAUGGAUUCAGGGAUUUGGCAGUUGGAGCACCUUUGGAGAAUGAUGGUGAAGGCAGCAUCUACAUAUUCCAUGGAGAAGGAGGAAGAAUCAGUCCUACUUACUCACAGAGAAUUACUGGCUCUGAGGUUCAGUCAGGACUGAAGUUCUUUGGCCUAUCAAUCAGUCAGUCAUCGCUUGACCAGAGUGGUGAUAAACUGCCUGACUUAGCGGUGGGUUCAAAGGGCACAGUUAUCUUACUGAGAUCAAGACCCAUAGUAAUGGUAAAAGCUGAGGUGUCAUUUAGCCCACACCAAAUCCCUACUCACAAUGUAGACUGCUUAGAACCGUUGGAGAACACCGCUGAAAUUUGCUUUACCAUGAGCAAAAUAUCAGCAUUCAAUGCAGGACAAGCAAGGAUUAAUUAUACCUUAACACUGGAUGCCACUCGCAAGCCUCCAAAAAACAGAGCUUACGUCAGUGGGAAAGAACGAGAGCAGUCCGGAUCAGUUACUGUUGACGUAACUAGCAGAACCUGCUCAACUAUAAAGUUUCUUGUUGAGGCCUGUCCAGAAGAUGCUCUCCAUGGGCUUUCCAAUGAGCUCAAAUUCACGUUUGAUGGUUUGCCUUCCAACACAAAUCUCAGGCCAAGUCUCUCCCCACAGGCUCAAACAACAACUAUUUUUCCUUUAGGGUUUGAGGUCAGCUGUGGCAUUGACAACAAAUGUGUUGAUAACCUGAAAAUGGAUUUCAACUUCACCAGAUCCUCAGAGGUUGAAGUGGGCAUUGAUGAGCUUUUGAAUGUCACAGUCACAGUGGAGAACAGCGGGGAAAACUCCUACAACAGCCGUGUUAUUCUCACGUACCCAGCUGGACUCUCCUACAGGAAGUUCACCAUGCUGCAGGGAAGAAUUGAGUGCAACUCCUUGGACAGUGAAGAUGGUUUAUCACGAGGAAGCACAGACUGCUCUAUUGACAAGCCAAUUUUCAAGAGCAAAAAUAAGGCUUUCUUCAUUGUCUCUUAUGGCAUCCAAACCAACAGUCAGCUUGAGAGGAAGAUCUUUGUCACUGCAAAUGCCACCAGUGGAAAUCAGGAGCAUGCUGCUACAAGUGAACUCUACAAAAAGAAAUCGAUCAAUGUGAAGUACAGCAUUUUUAUGACAUUUGAAAGCUCCCUCAGCUACACCAAUUUCUCUUUUGGAAUGAAUAAUUUACAAAAACCAGUCCAACAAUUAUUCACGAUUACAAAUGAUAUCCGAGCGCUUAAUUUCACUGUGGUGAUCAGGGUUCCAGUGAAGCUUGGUGAAAAAGACAUUUGGGUGGAUUUGAGCAGUCUGCAGAUUGCAGACUGUCAGAGAAGGAAUGAUGAAGAACCAGGUGUCAAAGAUUUUGUUCGUCAGAUACAAAAAAAUAAAAUAGUGGACUGCUCUGUAGCCAAAUGCAGAGUGUUCAAGUGCAACACAUUCAUGGCAAGACUGCAGAGUAAGACAUACAAAAUCUCUGCAAACCUCAGUUCAGGAUGGAUCGAGCAGAUUGGACUAAAAAAUGCCAAAUUCCUCUUGACCAGCACAGCCAAUCUGGAGUAUGACAAAAACCAGUACAUCUUCUUUUCAACAGAGUCCAACAAGAAUCCUCCUCUUCGCAAGAUUGUGGCAGAUGUAGAAGUGUAUUCUGAGCCAGAGUUCACCAAAGAGAUCAUCGGAGGAUCCCUGGGUGGGUUGCUUUUACUGGCUUUACUCACUGCUGGCCUGUAUAAGGCUGGAUUUUUCAAGAAUAAAUAUCAACAGAUAAUGACUGCAGAAGAUCCAGGCCCUGAUGGAGAUGCACCCACAGAAUAAUAAAAAAAGAUUACAUUUGUAGAUGUAUAUUUAAACUACAGAAAGGUAUAGACCAGAGGUCAUCAACUACAUUUGUCCAAGGGCUGGAAUUUUUCUCAGCAGACAGUGUGAGGACCUAAUGCUCUCGUAAAGUAAAAUAAAUUAAAUAUUGUUUCCUAAAUAAUAUAUUAUCAUUUGAUUUAUGAAUUUUCCUUUCAAAUUUAUUCCAUUUUAAUGAUGUGAUGUGCA